CAUCGUUCAGGUGCUGAGACGACCUACACCCCCACCUUUGCACCUCGGCCUCUCCUCUGCCUAUCUAGAUGAUGGUCACAUAGAUCCUCAUAGCAUGAGCUCCCAUUCCGGACCACACCCGGGCGCGACGCGGUCAACAAGAUACUUUCCGGUCUCAGCGUUUCCCACCUUUGAAUCGUCGGACCUCGCUCUAUCCUUUACGGCACUGUCUUCACAUCCACGAUAUCGGGAAGCUUUAAAACCUUUUGAUCAAGGUCACCUCGACCGGUACAAAAAGUCUGCAGAGUUGUUGCAGAGAUGGGAAUCGAUUGCCGAACGCUAUACGGCGAUUGAUCCGGAGGAGGAUACCGAGAUCGAUGUCGUCACUGGGGACACGCUCUACAAGGGCGAAAAGAUCGACCUUGACGACGACGAGACGCUCGAACAGUGGGCGGACGAUCCUCUGGAUGAUGAGGACGAGGAAGAUGAAAUGGUAGACAACAGCAGGAUUUGCCAAGCCGGCGAUUCCGUGCUAGACAAGCUGAAAGGCAGCGCGUUCCAAGACAGCGAAGGCGACCGGGACGUCCUAGACUUUUGGGGUGCGGAGAGUGAGAUGCAAAUCCAGGUUGGGGAACUCCCCGACAUCUCCUGCCUACCUGUCAGGGACGUCUCUGCCAAGGAUCAGGCCGAUUUGGACGCGUUUCUACGAGACGAGGAGGAACGGAAAAGGCAAGAGGAGCUGGACUCGGACGGGCUCGGACCCGGUGCUUAUAGCGACGACCACGUCGAAAACGCGAUAGACGAUGACCGGGAAGACGUCAUUGUCUGCUCCACCCCGAUAGGAAGGAGCGCCCGACCAACAAUCGUUGUAUCACACCCUGACGAAUCCCCUCGUAAGAAAAGGAGGGUAGGUCGACCGCGGAAGAUUUGGGCUGCGCGAGACGACAUUUGUCAAGCGUUGGAUCAUACAGCCUCGCUCGAUGUCAUCAGCGCUGCACCUUCCUCGGAUGACGUAAACCUGUGCUCUGAAGCGCUUGGUGCUGGCGGCGAACCAUUCCGUACACCAAAGCGCUCUCGUGGCAGCGGGACUCGAGCCCGGAGAGGUCGACGGCCCAACAUCACCCCCCUUACACCACAUCUGGUUGGGGGAGUGACUCGAGAGACCAAAGCCGAGGCGUUGACAAGUGAAUGGAUGGAUCGAAACCUUUUGCGGUCAGAGAUAACUACCCCUUACAUCUCGCGAUCUUCUCGGGUCGUCAAGGUCCCAGAGCGGUUGGGCGAGCAUGUGGAAUGGGCGAGAAUCCGUCGGCCAUACGGGAAGAGGUCUUCGCCGCCAAUCAGAAAGGCGAGUCCGGUGCACAAGGAGUGCUACGUCGACCUUCCACCUUUGCCGGCAGAUUGGUUCGAUGACAACGCUAUAUCGAUAGCAACGGAGAAGGAAGUGACAACCGAGGACGCAGUCAUGGCUAUAUCGUCGCCACAGAGCGUAGCUCGCGAGACGGAACUCGAGAUUCCUCUGAUGGAACGGGAAUACCGGGUCGAUGUAGCAGAGGAUGACAUUGAGCUCGAGCCUUCAUCCAUAAGCGAGGACUCAGAGGUGCUCUUACCUGAAUCGGUCAUCGAUGUCGCGCAAUCGCCUUUGAUAUAUGAGUCGGCCCAGGUGGAAACGGUUUAUGAUGGAUCCGUCGCCGAAUACCACGACAUCCUUCAAAAUUCGGAUGCGGACAUCCUAAAUGCCGUAUACGAGCGCGAAUUCCUUGAAAGCCUUCUCGCCAUGGGUACGACGUAUACAGGUGAGCGGGAGGCUAGCGUAGAGCUCGAAGCUCUUCGUUUCUCCACGUCGCCGUCUCCAUCGGUCUUGGCAUCGUCUGCUCAGGCGGACGAUGAGCGUCCAGUGGACCCAUCGCCAUCAUCGCCCUCGACAUCAACGGCUCUGUAUAAUGCCAAUGUCUCGAAUGCGCCAGAGCAACCGAGGCAACCCUUUUCUUUCUCAAAAGACUCAAACCUGAGCACUGCUGUUCCUGAAGCCGGACCGUCGCUCAUUAGCGAGGCACGUACGCUUGAAUCGCUACCUACCACAAGGAUCAAUGCGAUAGAACCCGUCUCUAAUGAUUGGGAGCCGAAUCCUCCAGAGACGGAGCUUGCUCAGGAGGACCAGGCGGAGUUUGAACAAACCCCGUACCAGCCAUCCUCUCCUCGACACCGCGAUUGUGAAGAGCGGCCGGAGCCUCGAAAUGUAGACUUGGUUCUCGUCAAAGAUGAGCCCCUAGACGAUGACGACCCUCUGCUAUGGAACACCUUGGACGAUUCGCUGGACGAACUCAACGUCGAGCUCAACCUAAACAGGCGUGUGAUGCUGCCUAUCUCUGUGAGACUGCCGAAGGGUGCAAAAGGGAGCGCGUUCGAGAACCCGAUAUGCGUGGACGAUGAGGAAGACGAGCUCGGCGGAUGGGAUCUGGACGGAUGGUCGUGAUUUAUUGCCGUUAAUCGGAACUUGUACCAGCAACUAUGUCUGCACCUACACCAUCGCGGAAAGAGGGAUUUGACCGAUGACCAGCGAGAACAUAUUAUCAUGACAUGUAUGAAGUAUGAUGAUGACU